GUAAUAAGAAACAUAGGUAUUCACAAUUCCUUUAAAACAUACCUUAAAAGAAGUGAUCCUACAUAGAGAAGGGCAGUAGAACCUCACAGAAGUGCCUGAUUUGGUGACACAUACAUGCGACACACCACCACCUGCACAGCUUCGUGCAGAUAUUUCAUUUCACCUGUUACAAAUAAAAGUCCCAAUGAAGGAAAUGGGAUAUUCCAAUGUAUGAAAUCCAGCUUGCGGCACGGCGUUCGCAGCAUAGGAUGGGCUCUGCAUUACGGUUUCGCUUUUGUUUCUCAUUUGUUGCUCUGUAUUUAGGUACUGCGGCACUUGCAUUAGCUCAUUGAGAGAUGGCAGUUCCCUUUCGAGAAAUAUAAAUAGAAUUGCGGGAACAGAGAAGCCGCAAGUAUUGGUUGCUUUCUCAUGUUUAAUCCACUCCAUGCAGUUGGGACCCGUGUGUUUUAUUUGGUGUUGCUGAGACUGAAUGCUUAUUUGGAACACUGACUACAUGCAAGCCACAGUCAUUUCAGAGUCCCACAAUUCAGAACAUGUGGUGACAUUUUGAGAUCCUGGGAGCUGCCAGAUCUGCGAUGAAAAGGGAGAAGUGACCCUUUUCUCCCCUCUCCACAAACCCGCUCUUUUGUGAAGACAACAAUAACUUCGAACAAAGUAAUACGAAAAUUAAACGGAUGUGGGAGAACAACCACGUCCCGCUUCAAGUUGAUGCAUCCCGUUAGACACGCUGCCUUCUCUAGACACGGCUUUUUGGUGCCGGAUGCCCGUGACGCGCGGAGCACACCCGCACACCUCCCCGCAGCACCUGCACAGGUGCCCCACGCCCCGUGCCAGGCCGCUGGGCUGAGUCACCGGGACAGUGCCCACGCGUGGGCAGGGGCUGGGACCCGUUCCCCUCCGCGUCCCUGGGGGCCGUCGCCCGCUCGGCCCCUCAGCUCUUGCCGCCCGCCCGCUGCAUCCUUCGCCGCGCCCGGCGCUCCCCGCGAUGGAGUCCGGGAAGAUGGCCGGGGCCGAGGCGGGGAUGAGCGGCGCCGGGAUCCAGCAGCAGCAGCCCCAGCAGCAGCCCCAGCACCCGGCGGCGGACGAGUCGUCGGACAGCGAAGGGGAGCACGAGGGCCCCCAGAAACUCAUCCGGAAAGUGUCCACCUCGGGCCAGAUCCGCAGCAAGACAAGCAUAAAAGAAGGAUUACUACUGAAGCAAACCAGUUCUUUUCAGAGGUGGAAAAAGCGUUACUUCAAGCUUCGAGGUCGUACCCUUUACUAUGCUAAGGAUUCAAAGUCUCUAAUAUUUGAUGAAGUUGACCUGUCUGAUGCCAGCGUAGCUGAAUCAAGCACAAAAAAUGUCAACAACAGCUUCACGAUAAUCACUCCGUUUAGGAGGCUGAUACUGUGUGCUGAGAACAGAAAAGAAAUGGAGGACUGGAUAAGCUCUCUGAAGUCUGUACAGUCCCGGGAACACUAUGAGACGGCACAGUUUAAUGUGGAACAUUUCUCAGGGAUGCAUAACUGGUACGCCUGCUCCCAUGCCCGACCCACCUUCUGUAACGUGUGCAGAGAGAGCCUCUCUGGAGUCACUUCUCAUGGCCUGUCCUGCGAAGUGUGUAAGUUUAAAGCACAUAAAAGAUGUGCUGUCAGAGCAACAAAUAACUGCAAAUGGACUACAUUAGCCUCCAUUGGAAAAGAUAUCAUAGAAGAUGAAGAUGGUAUAGCUAUGCCUCACCAGUGGUUAGAGGGCAAUUUGCCCGUCAGUGCCAAAUGCGCAGUCUGCGACAAGACCUGUGGCAGUGUUUUACGCCUGCAAGAUUGGAAGUGCCUUUGGUGUAAAGCUAUGGUUCACACUGCGUGUAAGGAUCUGUACCCUCGUAAAUGUCCACUUGGCCAAUGUAAGGUAUCGAUCAUACCUCCAACAGCACUAAACAGUAUAGACUCUGAUGGUUUCUGGAAAGCCACAUGCCCGCCAUCCUGUGCCAGUCCUCUUUUAGUUUUUGUUAACUCAAAGAGUGGAGACAAUCAGGGAGUAAAGUUUCUUCGUCGAUUCAAACAGUCGUUAAAUCCAGCUCAGGUGUUCGAUUUAAUGAAUGGAGGACCUCACUUAGGUUUGCGGUUAUUUCAGAAGUUCGACAACUUCCGGAUUCUUGUAUGUGGUGGAGAUGGAAGCGUGGGUUGGGUGUUGUCAGAAAUUGAUAAACUCAGCUUGCACAAACAGUGUCAGUUAGGAGUGUUACCCCUUGGUACUGGAAAUGACCUUGCUCGUGUCCUUGGUUGGGGAGGAUCCUGUGAUGAUGAUACGCAGCUUCCUCAGAUUCUGGAGAAAUUGGAACGAGCCAGCACAAAAAUGUUAGACAGGUGGAGUAUAAUGUCAUAUGAACUAAAAUUACCAGCAAAGCCUUCUAUUCCUUCAGUCACUGUAGAAGAAGAGUCAGAGGAAUGCCAGAUAUCUGCUUAUGAGGAUUCAGUUGCUGCUCAUCUUGCAAAAAUUCUCAAUUCUGAUCAGCACUCAGUUGUCAUAUCUUCUGCCAAAAUAUUGUGUGAAACUGUAAAGGACUUUGUUGCCAAAAUAGGGAAGACUUACGAAAAACCGGUGGAAAAUGCAGAUGAAGCUGAUGCCAUGGCCAUUAAAUGUUCGGAGUUAAACGAGAAGCUCGACCUGUUGCUCCAGGCGCUUCACACAGAAGCCCAGGCUGCUCCGAUUCUCCCAGGCAUCACUCCCCCCAUUGUUGAAGAAGAAGGAGAGGAGUUUUCAAGUGAGGAAUCCUUGUCUGAAAGUAAAGAGCAAUUAGCAGAGUGCGUUUCAAAGUCUUCCACCCAGAAACUCUUCAAACCAAGAGAACAAUUGAUGCUCCGGGCAAACAGCUUAAAGAAAGCUGUGAGGCAGAUCAUUGAACAAGCAGAAAAAGUUGUGGAUGAGCAGAAUGCUCAUAGUGAAGAACAAGUGAACCAGUCCCCAGUAGAAUAUAGCAAAGAGUUGGACGAAUCCAAAGAAGAGGAAAAAGAGGAAGAUACGAAGGAAUUUGAAUCCCAAUCAAGUAAAACUGCACCAAGAUCUCCAGAUCGACGUACGAGUCGAGGUAUCCAUUCUCAGACAGGCUCUUUCUCUGCUCCAGCUUUGGCUGCCAGCAAAGAGAACCUCCCUGUCCUUAACACUAGGAUUAUCUGCCCAGGUUUAAGGGCUGGCCUAGCUGCUUCUAUUGCAGGAAGUUCAAUUAUUAGUAAAAUGUUACUAGCUAACAUCGAUCCAUUUGGUGCUACACCAUUUAUUGACCCAGAUCCAGAUUCGCUGGAGGGAUACUCAGAAAAAUGUGUCAUGAACAACUAUUUUGGAAUUGGGUUAGAUGCAAAAAUUUCACUUGAAUUUAAUAACAAGCGAGAAGAGCACCCUGAAAAAUGCAGGAGUCGGACAAAAAACAUGAUGUGGUAUGGAGUUCUUGGCACAAAAGAGCUACUGCAGAGAACUUACAAGAACUUAGAACAAAAAGUUCAACUUGAGUGUGAUGGACAGUACAUCCCUCUUCCAAGUCUGCAGGGCAUUGCUGUGCUAAACAUUCCCAGCUAUGCUGGUGGGACCAAUUUCUGGGGAGGAACCAAGGAAGAUGAUAUAUUUGGGGCCCCAUCUUUUGAUGAUAAAAUCCUAGAAGUUGUGGCUGUAUUUGGCAGCAUGCAGAUGGCAGUUUCAAGAGUUAUCAAACUGCAGCACCACCGGAUAGCUCAGUGUCGGUCAGUAAAGAUCACCAUACUUGGUGAUGAAGGGGUUCCAGUGCAAGUCGAUGGAGAGGCAUGGAUCCAGCCCCCAGGAGUUAUUAAAAUUAUACAUAAAAACAGAGCUCAGAUGCUAACACGAGACAGAGCCUUUGAAAACACCCUGAAGUCUUGGGAAGACAAACAGAAGUACGAUUCCUGCAAAUCUGUCAUUCGAUCUCCCUUAUACCCUCAACAGGCUGUUGAGUUGGCUACAGAUGAAGAAGUCACGCAGGUCCAGCUGUGUUCACAGGCUGCAGAAGAACUUAUUACAAGAAUCUGUGAAGCAGCAAAAAUACAUGGCCUCUUGGAGCAGGAGCUUGCUCAUGCUGUUAAUGCAUGUUCACAUGCAUUAAAUAAAGCCAACCCAAGGUUUCCUGAGAGCCUUACCAGAAACACUGCCAUGGAGAUAGCUGUCAACGUGAAGGCCUUACAUAAUGAAACUGAAUCUCUGCUAGUAGGAAGAGUUCCUUUGCAGUUAGAAGCUCCCCAUGAAGAGCUGUUGUCUGAUGCUUUGCACAGUGUGGAAAUAGAGUUGAGAAAACUUGCUGAGAUACCUUGGCUUUAUUAUGUUUUUCAACCAAAUGAUGAUGAGGAUCCCCCUCUGGAUUAUGCUAAAAGAAACAACAGAAGUACAGUGUUUCGCAUAGUGCCAAAGUUUAAAAAGGAAAAAGUUCAGAAGCAUAAGACCAGCCCUCAGCCUGUUCAAAAAUGGGGCACAGAUGAAGUUGCUGCUUGGCUGGAUCUGCUCAGUUUGGGAGAGUACAAAGAAAUCUUCAUCAGCCAUGACAUCCGAGGCUCUGAGCUUUUACAUCUGGAAAGGCGAGAUCUUAAGGACCUGGGGAUAACGAAAGUGGGUCAUAUGAAGCGAAUUCUCCAGGGAAUUAAGGAGCUCGGCAAGAAUACCCCUUUGUCUGAAGUGUAAUUGUGCUGGUACUCUCACAAGAGAGAGGGAACAUUGCUGGAGAAGCGAAGCUGUUGCAGGCACUUAGCUGUCUUUGUAGUUUACUGUAUGGAAGAAUAAGCGCUAGUGUGCUCGUACAGGCUAGCGUUGCCGAAUACUAGUAUGGCGAAGAGCUUGUUGCAAGAGCAUAAAAGAAUUUGUGCCAAAAAAAAAAGGAAAUGGUUAUACAUUCUGUGAAGGAGUUUUCUUGGUGUUCACACUUGGCCAGUUCAGAUAAGCACAUUUUGGUAAAUCAGCUAGUUGAUGGUGAACUGCGCGGACUGGAAACUAUAUCAAGAAAUGAUCGCUUUGCUUACGUGCAGCUCAGUAUGCCUCUCUUACAACGCAGCAAGAUGCCGCCGUACAGCACGAGGUUGUCUGGUUGUCCUUCCUGGGCACAGAUCCCCUACAGCUUCCUGUGCAGGAGCCUGAGAGGUGGUCGCUUCCAAGGUUCCACACGUGGGUCUGGCAAUGCCUCAGGUACCAGGCGCUCACGGGCCACGCAGGACGGGGAAAGAUACCUUAUUGUACUCUGAAUGCCAACUAUAAUGCAUGGUGUGCCUGCCUGACUUGUCUGUCGUUCCGUUGCAUGACACAUCUGAUACUUUAAACACUUGAACAACUUUUAUAUCGGUUUGAAUGAGAGUUAAUUUAUUACUACUUGAGUGUCCUUUUUCGGUUCCAGGCACUUUUCUAUUCUUCAGUGUUGUGUUAUUCCUGAAUGAGUUCUAUGGCAAAGGAUGUGUGGGUGUGGAAACUUAGCAUUUGUGCCAUAUUCAGCAAGUUAUAUGCAUUAUAUAUGAUUGAGACAUUGUACAGUUAGAUUUUUAAAUAUACCAUGUACAGAAGGUAUAUCAGGUAACUAACUUAUGAGUAUUUUUGAAAGACCAGUACCUCACAAAAAUACCAGUUGGCUUCCUGCAUGGAAAAUGAUAAGGAAUUUUCUCAUGGUGCAUUUUAAUGUAGUUAUCCAGUUAUCUUAAACAUCUGUAGCAUAUCAAAGCUUUUAGGAACUAAUGGUUUUAUUUAUUCUGCUGUGCAAAAAGCAGGUUGAAAGAUUAAUGAAAAUUUCUUACAGGAAAAUUCGAUAAAUUUAUCAUACGUAAGAAAAGUGAUAAAAUGUAGCAGCUGAUUUGAUUUUUGUGGGGUCAGCUUUUACUCAUUAUUAAUUUACUAUUAAUUUAAAAAUGUGUAAGUAUGCAUUCCUUUACAAAGGCAUCAAUUUGUUUGUCAGAACUCCUACAUCAGUAGAUCAUAAAAAAAUUAAGAAAGAAACUCUAAAGUUUUACACUAUGCAUGCAAAUAUGAUUCACAUGCAAACUAGUAAUCUGUGAGUGUUAAAAAGUUAAAAAUGAAAACCAUCUUUGUUUAGUAAUUGUGUUGAACUAGAGUUUAUAAGGCUAUUUACAGUUUACUUAAAACAUAGCUUCAUAAUUGAAUUUCCUGGUUAAUUUCUCACAAAGUAUUAGUCUAGUAGAACAAUAACAUGCAUAUAUCUAGGGGCUAAGACAUUCAGAACCUACUUAAACGUCUGAGAUGAGAUGAUACUGCAUCACAUGCCAGAGAACUUGCACAGAACUGCUUGUCUCCUUGCUGUUCCGAUCUGUGCAGCAUUCCCACACCAGGAACUCUUGAUUUGUGCUUUAUUGAGUAUCUUUGUCAAUUCUUUCAAGCUAACAACUAUGUUAAUAUCUAUUUCUGUUUUCCUAGUGGACAGCAGAGUAAGGUUUCAUUUAUUUUGUCAAAAACUUUUUCCUACUUAAAGGGGACAACGCCAAGUACCACAGCCAGAUUUUGUCCUCCCUUUCUCAGGAGGAUGAUGGGAUUCAUCCCUUGGAAAGAUGUGCUCCCCUCGUUUUAUUGCAAGAAACAUUAAAAAGGAGGAAGGCAAGCUUCCUUUAUAUCCAGUUAUAGCACUGCAUGUUCUUGCUGCUAUAGGUUAAACCGUCACCACUCUGGGAGCUUUGUGGACAUAAUUGAUUGUUCUGGUCAACAAAUAAAAGUAAAAGGCAAUGUUCCAUUAGUUUUUGAGUUCAGUAAAAAACAAAAGCCACUCACCAAGUGACAUUAUUUUCAUGCUGUUGUAUUAAAAGCAUAUACAAACAAUGGAAAGUUUUUUUUUUUCAUGUACUUGAUGUUGACCCCUUUAAUGAUGAUCAAAUGUCAUCUGUCAGGUCUUCACAAGUUAUAUUUCCUUUUCUCUUUGUUUCUUUGUAAGCUAAGCUAUAUUUUAAUGUGUGGCACAAUUCUAAUAUGUCAGUGUUGUGGUUGACUAUGUACUUAGUCCUCCUGGUCAAGUCGAGGACAUAAUUCAUGAAAUAACUUUCUUUGCUUUCCUGAUCGUAGGGAUUCACUCUCACCAUAGCUUUCAGUCUUGCUAUAUGCAAUGAGGUAAGAUGGGCUCUAGAACAGGAUCAAGUUAAGGCCAUGUGAUGAUGACUAUAAAGGCCUACACUGAGUAUAAAAAAAAAAUGGGAGAUGCUUUUAGGCAGGGAGAAUGACCACACAUUGUUUUGGAAUGCAACUUUCUUUUGACACUCUUCAAAUUACCUCAGUAUAGGACAACUUGUCUUUACAAAGGUCCAUUUUUUUAAAUGACCACCAAAGAAUUCAAUUCCAAUUGUCCUAAAGCAGAGGGUUUUCUUUAAAAUGUGCAACUAGAAAAGGUAUUUUAAGCAUCAGUUAUGCUAUAUUUAGUAGAUGUCCAGGAGAGCACAUUUCAUGCGACUCUAUGCCUUAGAAUAGUUUUGAAUAUCAAUUCCAAAUGUGUUGGACAAGGAGGCUGGAAAUAUUUUACAGGAUUUCUCUAUUGAGGUCAUGGUUAAAAGAUGUGUCUUUUCUCAAGAAAGAUUUUCGGACACAAUGUUACUAUCUCAUGUUUAUUGUGGAUUUCCAGCUAUUGUUUUUUUCCCUACUGCUCUCAAAGUCCCAACUCCUAGAACUGAGGGCACAUGUAGUUUCAUUUGUAACACAAUUCUUUGUAAUUUAAUCUCUAUGCUUAAAGCACUUAAGGCAUACUUCCUAUCAUUUCAGCACAAAGAAGGUAGGCGACUUCUGUUGACGUAGUUAAUUUUCUGGAAAACUAGUUAUCUCUGUAGCUUUUGUGGAGCCUAAUUCAACAUGCUAGAUUCAUUAAGACAAAAGUCACUAUAUAGUAUUUACUGGAUUCAUUUUUUUCCAUAGUCUAACACACUUAACUCCACUGUCAGUCAGUGUACCUUAAAAUCCAUGAAAGCGAUGCCAAGCAAUCAGCAUUUUUUGAAGUGGAUGGUGUUCAUGCAGAUGAAUGUGGCUACACUUGAAAAAGAAGAGGAGAAGCAGGUUGUAAAAUGGCAGCACAUUGCUCAGCGUGCGUUUGUUUUUCAUCAUCUUCAUAUAGAUUUUUCCAGCUUAUUGUAUUCAGGUGUUGUAGCAGUCUCUGAUUUGGGUGAUGCAAAUACUGCCUUUGUAAUACAUAAUGCCUUCUUUUUAGAAACUGGAUGACAUCAGUCAAACUUGUGUUUUUAGGUUUUUGAUGUUUAUUUUUUUUACAGUACUUUAAAGAAAAGCUUGUGCAAAAACUUUUUUAUAUGAUGGCAACUGAAAAUUUUAUUCAUGAUCUAAUUUUAUGUAUUUCCCCUUAGACAUCAUUUUUUUCUCCCAAACACCAAUUUCUGUCAAAGAAAAAUAUGUUAAACUUAUGGAAGAAGAGUAAAAUGGAAAGCAGCUGAUUAAAAAUCCUCCAAAACUAUGGACUAUGUUAAUCCAGUAUUCCUUACGUUGGGACAGGAGUAACUCUAAGUAGUAAAUAGAAAACAUCUUUCCCUCUCCAUCCCUGACCAAAGAAAUUCAGACUGAAAUGUUGUGUAAUUAUAAUUCAGGCAAGAGGAAUUGAUUUUUUUUUAUAAUAGCCCAUUUUCAUAUUUUCCUCUGCUUUUUGUAUAGAAAUACAAAACCUGCCAAUUGUUACUCUUUAAUUGAACUCAGUGAUGCUAAUUCACUUCAUGAAAAAUUCAUAAUGCCUUGAUAAUGCUUAGAUCUUAUUACAAGGGUAAAAUAAUCCCUGUUUCUUAUUGCAUCUAGUUUUCUUUUCUGAAAGAUUGGCAGAAGACCUUUUCACAUGUAAUAUAAAAUAAAUACAUAAAACAAAUAGGAGAGGAAAUACAGCAGUGUUGCUUUUAAAAUAAAUUUAAAACUACAUGUCAUACAUAGGUAAUUCCACAAUGGACAUGUAAGAAAAAAACCUCCAGACCCCAGUGAUUCCAUUUUGCUCGAUGCUUGCUGUUAAUGAUUGCAUUACUAAUAUUUACUGCUCUUUUUCCUUUGCUCUGCCCAUACCUCGGAAUUUUACUUUAUUGAAUAUAAGUUUGACGGUUCUUUUAACUAAUAAUUAGCAGUGUAAAGUCUAUUUGUGAAAGUUAAUGUUACAAGCAAUGUGUGCUGUUGAGGAUAACUCUGCUGGAGGAAUAUAUUUUGCUUACAGCCAUCAGGUCACUUGUGUAAGUGAGAUCCACAGAAAACUGUAUGUAGUUUUUCUUCUAUUUUUUCACCCCAAUGUACCUCUCAACUGCAUUGUCCUGAGUGUUACAUUUGUGCCAUGGGCUCUCUCAUUUUUUGUUUUUUUUUCUUAGAUUGUAUGUUUUGUGGUAUGAUUUUCAUAUCAUUAAUUCUGAUGCUGCUUAUGCUCACUGCAAAGAUUUAAUGUUUGCAGGAACUGUACAUGACUGUGUGUUUGUCUUAAGAAAAAGGAGUUUUUGAUCACUUGAGGAAACCAAGGAGUUUGGACAGGACUUAACUCUGCCUGCUGCAUCUUCAGAGUUGAAUGGUAGCGUCAGCAGGAUUGAUAAAGCAUCACGUGGUAAUUAUCAGCUGAAGACCUUUACUGGUUGUAUAAAUUCCUGUAUUAUAUAGAGAACAUAGUGUGGAACUCGAUCUUUUUUACAAAAGGAAAAAAAAAAUUUCUACUUCUUUUCUACUACUGUUGCAUUAGGUUAAAAAGCUCUGUUAAUGGUUAGCUUAUGUACUUGAAAUGCUCAUUUCUGCCACACAGAAGCCCAGACUGUUUCUCAGAAAGUGUAUUCCAUUUGGAAGCCAUCUGGAGAGUUCCAGGAGGCCAUUCCUGCAGCUGGUUGGAGCUAAUACCAAUGCUCAUAGUGACUUUGGUAGGCUUAAAGUGAUUGCCCUUGAGUUUAUAAGCAAAGGAAAUGUUUUUGAAAGUUGCAUUUUUGAAGUCUUUGGAACUAAACUUAAAAUUUUAUCAUAGAAUCGGGGACUCGUAGAAUUGUUUGAGAUGGAAGGGACCUUUGAAGAUCAUCUAGCCCAACUCUCCUGCAAUGAACAGGGACAUAACAUCCUCUAUUAUCAGUAAUAAUAAUAAUAAUAAAAUAUUAGCACUGUUAACAGUUUGGCAAACCAGCAAAUUCUGGCAGCUAUAGACCUGAGAGUAUUCCUGGACAAAUUGCGAUGAAUUCAGCUGCAGUGGUUAGAGAGCUUCCACCUUCAGAGCAAUCAGCAGAAAGUAUGUGUAUUCGUGUGGUAUAAUGAUAAAAAUCUGUUGCAAAUAAUCAAAAACCUUCUCUCCCAGUUGACCCACAUGCUUUUUAUAUAAACAUCUGGAUCAGAUUUUGAGUCCAUGUAACCUGUUGCUUGUAUUUUCAAGGGCAGAAUAAGCCGGUGCAUCAUUUAUAUUUAACAUGGGUUGUGCCUGUACUGAUGUUCCUGUGCUGCUUCCCAGCUCCUGUGCCUGGAUAACUUCCCUGUUUGGCGAGAUGAGACCCUUGUGUAUUCCACUGGUUCCAUUCCAAGCAGCUGGACAGGCGAUUGGAGUAGAGCUGUAGGGUGCUCCAUGAGCUCUCCUAUAUUGACAAAGGCUUCAGGCUCCAAAGUCUCGAAUAGGCUAAAAUCCUCCAAGUUGUACGCUUGCAAUCUCCACUGAAAGCAGUAUGAAAGGAAAAACAGUAUGGUAUAAAGUUUAAAGCCGUGUGAUUUUUUUUUUUAAUUAACAAAAACCUCCACGGUGCCCCAAUGCCUACUGUGAACAUUUAAAAGGAAUUAACACAGGGAGUCCUACUUUGAAUGAACUAAUUAGAUUGGAAAACUGUUUAGUUAUUAAUUCAUAACCUGACAGUGACAUUAACAUGACUGUUAACAUAACUCCCCGCAUUAGCUGAAGUAAACUUUGUGUGGGACUAUGUCUCAUUGCAGCUGUGCUCAAUUAUGUGAGAUGAAGGUUGAGAAAAGCUGUUAGAAACUUCCUAGUAUUGUUUUUCCUGAGAGGGAGAAUACGUGUGCUGGCAAUAUGGGCAGGUGGGGGUCUUAGCACGAUUUUUAGGAAUAUCAGAGCUUCUUCUUUUGGACAAUUUCCGAGUGCUUACAGUGAGCACAUAGAAGUGAAGAUGCUCGCCCAGAAGGUUUCCAGUGGCCAAGAUGCCAUCUCUAUCUCUUGAAAUAGGCAUUUGAAUUAUACUGCUUAGUCAGACUUCAUUGGAUUUUGUACAAGCAUCUGUCAAUUGUGGACAUGCUUCCUCGUUUGGAUUUGUGUGUCCUUAAAAUGUGCACUUUGAAAAACACGACCGUCCAUAUAGGACAAAAUUACCAUUUUUCCUGUCUAGCAGCACAGUUUCUGAACUUCUCUUGAAACAUUCCCUCCAUUAGCCACUGUCUUCAAUCACGUCCUUUGAGUCCUACAAGAGGGGCUUCCCUAGAGCUGCCAAACACGUACCUAGUAAUUUAGUUUGCUGACGUCUGUAUGUCAAGAGGGCCUUUUUCUCAUCAAAGGGCAGGAUUCACAGCAGAUUAGAUGUGCCAUAGAUGUUGUUUGUACUUAAAGACUACAAGCCAUUGAGGACUUCUGGGAGAGGAAGAGGGCCUGAUCUUUGCAACAGAGAUUUGGUGUUUUUUCAUCACUGUCCUCAAACCCAAGUAAUUUAAUGACAUCUAAUACUGGCAGCUUCAUGUCCACAUCCAUGCUGAUGGCAAGCAUACCAGUUAGUACAAAAAAAACCUCAUGAUCACAAUAGAAAUAAUGUCAAUUUUCAUGAUCUGCGGGGGAUUGCGUCCGGAAAGCUAGAAAGUUUCCAUGGUCUGUAAAAGAAGGAAUCUUUAAAUGAGAAGUGCUACAGAAUUGCAUGAUUUUGUUUGCAGUGUGUGUUCUGGCAUGUAGAAAGAAUAGCUAAUUUCUUCUAAGUGUAUUACAGAGGCGCUCUUUUUAGCCAGGCUUGUCUCUUCAGCUGGUAUUCAUUAUACAGGUGUGAGCCAGUGCUGUAGUAACAUUCACUUAUUUGCAUGAGUGAAUGCAUAAAGCGCGCAAGUAAGUGAUGCAGAAUGCGCUGCAUUCAGAGAUACGACACUGUUGUUUUCUGCAUGACUCAUAUGUUUGGGUCUGAAUUAUGUUUUGAAGCCAAAAGCUGAAAUACGCCGUUUUCACCUAUUUAAAAAAAAAAAGUACUGAUGAGAGAAGGAAAAUACUUAACGUGAUUUGCUCUGUUUUAGGUAAAUAAAAAAUAAUCACAGGCACACGGGGUGGUUUAGGUUGGAAGGGACCUGUGGAGGUCAUCUGGUCCAACCAGCUUCUACUGUUCAUUUUCACUUGGUCCUGUUCACCCUACAGGGAGAUUUGUUGUCGUUGCGGGUAUGCAGAGUAAGGCCAUGGAUCUGUUGGCACUUAAUGCACACGCUUGGCUUCAAACAGCACUUUGGUCCCUCUUUGUUCUAGCAUUGAUGUGUAAGCCUCCAGAAGAUGUGGGUGGGUAGUUGUUCCUCACGUGAAGGUUGUCUUCAGAUUGAUCAUUGGUGAACUUCUGAAUGCCGUACCUACGAAUGUUGUUCUCUUGCCAGUAUUGUGUGUGCAUGCGCGUGUAUAUGCAGUAUGUAGUCGGUAGUGUGUGUGUGCGUGCACACCUGUACAUAUAUAUGUAUAUAUAUAUAACCCUGGUUUUGCCCAAUGUAAGGACACCAGCUUGUGUGUAGAGCCAAAAAACUUAAAUAUAUACAAUGCUUGAGAUGCUGCAUUGUUUUUAUGAUAAUAUUUUUUAUAUGAGAUGAAUGGCAGGAUGUUUACAGAUGCUUAUUAGUAUUUAACUUAUACAGUGGCGUGGCAGGAUGUUUAUGGUUGUUGUCAGCUAAGGAAUUGUACAAGAUUCUGGGUGAAAUUUUGGCUUUGUGGGAAUCCUUGGCAAAACUCCCAUCGACUUCACAGUGGCCAAGAUUAAACCCCUCUGAAUCUGUUGUUUACCGGCUGUUUUCCUACUGUGAUAUUAUUGUUUUGUUUUGAAUGAGUGAAAUGUAUUUAUUUUUCCCAAUGUGAAAUUUGCAGUUGCUAUUUGGAUUUUCCUAGAGAACCUGCGAAACACAGCACGUGGGAAUAUAUGCCUCAUCGAAUGUACAGACUUUUUCAUUGUUCUGGUCCUUGAAUAUGUCUAUGAAAAUAGCUUCUAAAAGAACUUUUGUACGAUUUAAUAUGGAAUCUUCUAAGAAUAGAUCACGUUUCACAUCUCUCUACAAAGUUGGCAUGUAGUGUGGUAAGCGAAAAUGAGGAACUAUUUAUUGGUGAAUAGAAAGAUGUCCCUUCUUUUUUCUAUACCUGCUGAUUUCCUACAGCUCGCCUGGCUCUGCGGAUCUGGAACGAGUCACUUCAAGUACUUUAUCCAGAAGUACCUUAUCUAAAAACAUCCUUUUUAUUCUGUACAGCUUUAAACUUCUCAAGACGUGGAGGAAACUUCAGAGCUAGUCUGAAGGAUGACUUUUAAUAUUUCACGAGUGAAUACAAUUAUGCAAAUAUUAAGUAAGUGGAAGGGUAAAUCAGACAACUGCUUGAUAAUAGAGAAGUGGCUUGUUUAGAGACAGAAGGAUCCGUUCUUCAAUAGCAGCAGGGAGGAAAAUUACUGUAACACAGUGCUUCCUUAAAUCCCUUUCCAGGGUAUCUUUUAAUUGUGUAUGCUCUGAGUUUAUUCUUCCUGUAAAAGGACAGAAGGCUGUGAAACGGCCAAAUAAAUACAAAUUCAUUUCUUCAUCUAAGGCUAAAAAUAUUCUUUUCAAACAAGAGCUGUCAUGCACUUUGAAAAAUACGCGUCCAGGACAGGUAGGUUUGUAAUCAUCAUAGGUAGUCACCCCAGGGACACGGCAGGACUUGUAAAAUGAGGUAUUUAUCAACAAUAUUGUCAGUAUGUUAUCAUAUUACCCCAUAAGGCUCAUUCUGAAGACCUCUGUACAGAACACCCACCACCCCCCGGCAUCUUUUGCUAUACUUUUGUUUAAGAAAGGGUAAUAUUCCAGUUCACACUCUUCCCAUUGCUAAUGAAGAAGGAAGCAUGCAGCUGGUUGAACUUCCCAGGAGUUUGUCUCUCUUAGCUAUAGAAACCUCAAAAGAAGCAGCAGUGGUGGCAAGCAGCCAGCUCCUGGAGGAUGCGCAGGGCUCUGCCUGGGCUCACCGCUCUGCUAAUGUACAUCUGACAUGGGCAUUAGUGGGAGCAGUUGGGUGCCCAAGCGAGCAGACAGCUUUCCUUUUGCAUGCUCUGUGUCUUUCUGUAAUUAUAAUCAGGAAUGGGCUUCAGGACUCAGUGUUAUUUGUCAGAAGGGCCGUGACGGGUACAGGAUAUGGGAGGGGAUGAGGAGGGUGGGCAGGCAGGGGCCGCAGGUUCUGCUUCUGGCUUCAUGUACUGAGGGCUGGGGCAGGUCGGUUACCUCUGUGCGCCUCUCCUUCUGUGCCUGUGGGAGGAAGGAUGCUCACCACCUUGUACAGCCCCUGAGACCUAUAGAAGAGCAGUGGUAUACAAGUGGCUAAGUUUUACUGACACUAUUCUAUGUAGCAUAAAUAACUUUCGUCCAUAACACUGCAAAAAUUGCUUUUUUUCUGGUUUCGGCUCUGAAUAUUUAAUGACCUACUACAUUCUGAGUAGUCAGUUUUGAAGCUUAGCAAUUGCUAUAGUACUGCAAUUACACACAUAGCGGGCUCUGUUUGCUGCAGAAAAGAGUAAACCUUUAAACUGCCUGACAAAACUUGCCAAUGAAGUAUAUCUAACAGAGCAGGGGUGUCACUUUUGGCUUUAUUUACUUGUAAUAAUGGUAAGGAACAGUGAAUUUUGUUUGUUUACAUACUGUUUACAAUGGCACAGUUUUAUUUUUAAUAUAUAAAAACAAUUGAGGUAUUUAUUGCAUAUACUAUUUUAAAGAUGUUUUAUGUGUUUUCACCUUUGGAAUAUAUUGUUACAUUUCCUUGUACAGAUAAUUUGGGUGGCUUUGUUAAUAUAGUUAGUAAUUUUUAUGACUACUAAGUGACCAGUUUCCCGUGCCUUUUUAUUGUUGGAUGCAUGAUUACAUAUUUAUUAUUGUAUGGAAGUCACUGAGAUGUGUAUUUUUGUAUUCUGCUGGAAGCAAUGGUUGAUUUUAUUGUACAUGAUAAAAGAUGCCUUCCAUAACGGGCGCUCAUACGAGAUCUUCCUUCUCAAAUAAACAGAAUGCAUUCAAUGUACGUAAGUCUUUGAAUUCUUUCUGUGUGUGGAAAUCGAUGGAGAUUCUUGAUCAUUACACUGAAUUUUAGAUGUUAUCCACUCGAAAUGUGGGCCGGUAGCGAUGUCGUCAGACCUGAAGCAAAAUUCCCCACUGAAAUCGAUACAGUAGUAGCUCCUUGGCACAGUGUAAGCCUUUGUAAUCCAAAAGAAAACUGUGUAUGUUAAAACUAAAUAAAAUGUGGAUGAAUGAC